AUGAGCAGCCAAGAGGAAAUCUAAUUCGAUAAAGCUACCAAGGAGAUUCUAGUUAGACUAGUUACCGCUCUCCUCACUGACAAGCCAAAAGACCCUGUGCCAUAUAUCUACUCUUACUUAACUGACCUUUCAAAAGGUCAAGUGCCAAACCCAAUCAAUGAUAAUGAGCUUAAUGAGCUUAAGAAUCUAAAGAAAAAGGUUGAGUACUUGAAGGAUCAGCUUGAGGAUCAUGAGGAUGCACACUCUGACUAGUCAUAAGAUGAAGAUGAGGACGAAGAGGUGCAUGAAAUUCAACCUAAGAAGAAAAAUAUUAAGGCCCAGAGAGCUGGAGUUAGCGCAGAGGUUUACGGGGAGUGGAACAAAAAAGGCGAUUUUGUGCCAAAAGUUGUGCCAAAGAGUUAAGAGACUAAAACCAAGCUCAAGAAAAGAUUACUGGAAGCAUUCAUGUUCAAUGCUUUGGACGAGAAAGAGUUUGAGAUUGUAGUGGACUCUAUUGAAGAAAUCAAAGUAUCCCAAGGAGAUUUAGUCAUCAAGGAAGGAGAUGAAGGUGACUGUAUGUAUGUUGUCGAGUAGGGAACACUUACUUGCACAAAACUGUUUAAAGGUAACACUGAGCCUACUUUCCUGAAGGAGUAUCAUCCUGGAGAAGGAUUCGGUGAGCUGGCACUUUUAUAUAACGCCCCGAGAGCUGCAACUAUUAAAGCUAAAACAGAGGCAGUUGUUUAUAAAUUGGAUCGUGACACAUUCAACAAUAUUGUCAAAGAUGCAGCAGCAAGAAAAAGAGAGAAGUAUGAAAAUUUCCUCAGCUCUGUGAAGAUCUUGUCCUCAAUGGAUCCUUAUGAAAGAUCGAAGAUUGCAGAUGCACUCAAGGAGGAGAAGUAUAAGAAGGGCGAUUUUGUUAUUAGAGAAGGCGAUAUUGGCGAUAAAUUCUUCUUGAUAAGUGAGGGUGAGGCUAUUGCCACAAAAGUGUUGAAAUUAGGACAACCUGCACAACAAGUUUUUGGAUAUAAUAGAGGUGACUAUUUCGGAGAGAGAGCACUACUUACAAACGAAGCAAGAGCAGCUAAUAUCAUUGCUACAUCGCAAGACCUCAUUGUCGUAAGUUUGGAAAGAGAAACUUUUAGAAGAGUGCUUGGACCUUUGGAAGAUAUUCUUAAAAGAAAUAUGGACAUCUACGAGGAGUACACAAAAAAACAACUUUGA